UCGGUCAGCCCACCACAGUUCUUUCACCAGCGAUGGCAUCACUCGCUCGAACGGCCGCCGUCAGUUUAAUUCUCUUUUUCGCCCUUUCCCUUAUCACGCUCCUAGUCGCCAGGGGGCCCUUACUCGCCUCUAACGUCUCUUCCCUUGGAUUCUCGCCUCUCCGAUCUGCUUUAGUCCCGCCCUCCCUCUCGCAGGCCAUCUCAAUCCCGUCAUCAAUCGCGUCCUAUUUCUCCCCCUCGCUGCUGCCCUUGUCUCCUCCCGCCAUCUCCUCACACGCCGCCGCUGCCGCCGCCCCUUCCGUGGAUGGUUCUCUGCCUCGUCAUGCGACGAUACGCGAUUCACCUGAGUCGCCAUACCGUCGCCCGUCGCCGUCGCGCGGCGUGGGCGACGCGUCGGCGAUUCUGCCCGAGUACCUGGGCCACGUGACGACGGGCGGCGAGGGGCUCGCAUGGGGCGGCAGCUGCUUCGAGCUGGUCACGGCGCGGCUGGCGUUGGCGCGGAGGGCUGAGCGCGUGGGGUUGAGGACCGGCCCCGUGGCGGAACCGACUAGGCGCGGGGAAGAUUCGGCGGGGAAGAGGAGAAGCGUGAGAGACGAGAGUUGGGGUGGUGGGCAGGCAGCGAGUGGAGGGAUGCGGGCGAGGAGGAGAGGGACGAGAGGCACGGGGGGAGAGAGAGAGUGGGUGGUGGCGAUGCAGGAGGAAGUAGAGGCGGAGGUCGAGGUGGGGAAUGGGGCGAGGGCGGAUGGGCGGGCGAGUGGGCAGGCUGCAGUGACUGUGACCCUCUCGCCGCGCCACAAGCAGCACGUGCUGUGCUCGGACGUGUACGCCCUGGCCACGCCCUUCCACCUCGUGGUGCGCCUGCUGCCCCUCGCCCUGCGGCAGACCAUUGAGUGGCCGCCCAUGGGGCCGCUGGAGACAGACUAUGUCAAGCAGCGCGGCAUUGCUGUGUUCCGGCUGCCCCACGGCUUGUGGCCGGCACUCAAGGCGCUGCUGCAGCUGCUGCCGCUGGCGUCCGACAGCAGCGUGGGCGAGGCAGCUCAGAUGCGCUUCCUGCACCAACACAUGAACGCCUCCUUCCGCCCGCAUGUUCCCCUGGCCCCGCUCCCCGACCUCACACUUCCCUUCGCUGCGGCCUUCCUCUCCAGCGGCGACCUGCUGCUGACCAGCAAGUUCCGCGGGCCGUGGGGGCUCUUCGAGACCAUUGAGAAGUGGGUCACCGGCAGCUACGCCGCCCACGCUGCUGUGCUGCUCCGGGCCCAAAGGGCAGGGGCGGGUGGCGGGGCAGGGGCUCAAUGGGUGGACGUGGGGAGCAAAGGGCAGGGAGUAGGGGAGCGAGGGAGUGAGGGCGAGGGGGGGAGGGAGAGGGUGAGGAGGGCGAGCUGUGGGUGGCGGAGAGUGGGCGGAUCAGCGUGGCGGGGCGGCCGGAGAUAGCGGUGGAGCGGUUUGCAGAUUGGUGGAGGCGGCAGCAGAGUGACCGCAGCGGGCAGCACGUGGUGGUGCUGCCGCUGGGGAGGGAGGGGCGGUGGCGCUGGGACAACGGCAGGGCGUGGCGGUUCGUGAGGGGCAUGGAGGGGCGGCAGUUUGGGUACCAUAACAUCGUGUUCAGCUGGAUUGACACCGCUGGGAGCAACUUCCCGCCGCCAAUAAACGAGAACACGGUGGCCGCCCUAGCAGCGGUGUGGAGCAGAGUGCAGCCGGAAUAUGCCGCCCGGAUAUGGAACGAGGCCCUCAACAGACGCCUCGGGACUCAGAACCUCUCUCUGGAGCAAGUGCUGGUCGAGUGCCAGCGCCGAAACAUUUCGUUCGGGCAGCUGCUGGCAGUGCCCGAGCAGGACAACUGGCGCUACAGUGACGGGCUGUCGCUGUCGUGUGUGGCGUUCGCCCUGCGCGUGUGGAAGGAGGCGGGCGUGUUUGGAGACAUGGGGGACGCCAUCAACGUCAGUGAAUUCACAAUCCGAGACGCCUACCAGCUGCAGGUGUUUGCCUCCAACGCCUCCCACCUGCCCGCCUGGUGCUUCGGCCAGGAGCACACGAAGCAAGAUGGAGAGAUACACAGAGGGAGAGACAGCAGAGCAGGGAGGGAAAUGAGCGAUGGGGAGUGUGGUAGUGAGCAAGAUGGAGAGGCAGCAAGUGGUGCACGGACAUGGUGCCAGCUGCUGGGCAAGUGGCGCUUUGACCUGCCGGGCUUCAACUCCAUCCCCCUCUACGCCCACAUGAAUGAGCGAUGCCCGAGUCUGCCUCCCCAAUAUACUCGCCCAUCUUUCUGCUGACAUAAUCCUUAGCUAUGCAUGUAGUGGUGCUGCGGCGGUAGUGUGUUCAGUAGUGUGAUACUGUGGAGCACAUUUUCUGUAAACAGUAGUGUACAUAAUGUCUGCAAUCCAGCAAAG